AUGAGUCUACGACAGCACUUCAGAACGGCACAGUCACUGCCGCCGCGGCUGAUAACCUUCUUCGAGAAGUACCCUCCGCCAUCACUCCUAAACUUCUCUGCGCCCGCACCUCCAGCCGCAGAAACCGCGUCCCCAAUCGCGCACGCAGACCCCGUUGCCUCGUCAAUCGCUCCCACAUCCACCCCAGAAGAACCAGCUCUUGGUUCUUUUUCCAUACCCCGCGACAUUCCAGCCGAAGCCCAAGCAGGCCUCCCAUACCCGAACCCCUUCCUCCCGCGCAAAAACCACAUCACCGGUCGCUGGUACGGCCCCGUCUACGGCCUGCGCCAACAAGCCGACCUCGUGAAACUCGCACAGAAACACGAUGUCCUCGAUUUGCUUCCGUGGACGAUAAAGAAGCCCGGCGCGAAGGAACAGAGGCGGAUAGAGAGGGGCUUGCAGGUGAAGGGAACGGGAGAAGGUCAGAAGGUCAAGGGAAAGCUGUGGGAGAGGACGUUGAAGGGGCGAUUGGAGAUGCGGAAGAAGGCUAUGAUGGAGAUGCCGGCUUUGAUCCAGGAAUGGAAGCAGAAGGGACAUGGUCGUGGAUGGAAGAAAUACCCCUCAGGCAAGAAGGGAAAAUUGGGUAUCUAG